UUUCGGACGAUCCUUGGUUGUCUGUUUGUUGUUGUUGCUCCAUCUCACUCACCCACCUUACACACCCACGAAAAUGUCGGCAGAGCAGGACCACUCGCACGACGCGCACGUCGACGACGCGACCCUCGACGCCGAGGACGCGCUCGAGAUUGUCGAGGACGACGGUGCGGGCGAGCCGAUGGUUGACGACGACGACGACUUUGAGGCGGCCGGCUACGACGGCGAGAUUGUCAUUGGCGCGCCUAUGCCUGGGGAGGAGGACGAGCUCAUGGGCGAGGAGGGCGGCGAGGGCGAGGAGACGAUGGAGGAUAACUCGAUCAGCGCGGCGUCGGUGCACAAGGAAAACCAGUCCAUCUUCGCGCUCUCGCUGCACCCCGCCUUCCCCAACCCCCCACUAGCCGUCUCGGGCGGCGAAGACGACACGGCGUACGUCUAUGCGCCGCUGCCUCCCGGCACGGGGGCCGAGAUCAACGCCGACACGUUUGAGCCGAUCACGCUCGACGGGCACACCGAUUCGGUCGUCGCGGCCGAGUGGAGCGCCGACGGCGCGUACGUCGCCACGGGCGGCAUGGACGGCCGCGUCCGCGUCUGGAAGCACGACGACAACUUUGCCACCUGGGCCGUCGUGGCCGACUUGGAGAGCGGAUCCGAGAUCCAGUGGAUCAGGUGGCACCCCAAGGGCCCGGUGAUCGCUGCUGGGUGCGAGGACGCGACUGUGUGGCUGUGGCAGGUCCCAUCCGGCAACGUUCUCAACGUGCUCUCGGGCCACACGAUGCCCGUGACGCAGGGUGUCUUCCCUCCCCCCGCGGGCCGCCAGCUCCUGACCGCCUCGCUCGACUCGUCGCUGAUCCUGUGGAACCCCGCAGCCGGUACGCCAAUGUUCAAGGCGUCCAUCUUCUGCCCGCCCAACGACCCCGAGCUCGACCCGGCCGAGGUCGGCAUCACCGCGCUGGCUGUCUCCCCGAACGGCGCGAUCGCCGCUGUCGGUGGCGCAGCGGGCAAGGUCAAGCUUGUGUCCUUGCCCAAGGGCGACGUUGUCGGCACGCUCGAGGGCCACGGCGAGGGCGAGAGUGUCGAGGCGCUCGUGUUCAUCGACCUGCUUAACGGCGCGGGUGGCGGCAAGGGUGUCGUGCUCGUCUCGGGCGGAACCGACGGCAAGGGCUUCGUGUGGGAUGUCGCCACUGGACGAGUGCGCGCCGAGCUGAAGCACGACGAACCCAUCACGUCCCUCGCGGCCCACCCAGCACCAGCAGUGCACCUCGUCACCUCGGCGUCGGCCGACCGCACCCUCAAGACAUGGGAUGUGCGGACUGGCGCGCUCGUUGCCGAGCUCAAGGGCCACACGGGCGUCGUCAACUCGGUCAGCGUCGCGCCGCUCCCCGAGUCGGCCGGCGCAAGCGACCACGGCCUGGCGGCGGCGCAGGCCGUCAUCUCUGGCGGCGACGAGGGCGUGUCGCUCGUGUGGAAGCUCCCAGUCCACAACGUACACUCGGUCUCUCCGGUUCACAAUGUCAACUCGGCCCCCGUUGUUGCGGCAAGCGACUCGCGAAGCACCACGCCCCAGCCGAAACGCCCGAGCCCGACCGCGCCGUUCCACCCGCCCGCAGACACGUCGACGUACCGCGACCUCCUGCUAUUCGAGGAGCGGCUCAAGCUGAACGCUGAGAUGCUGCGGAGGAGGAAGCGGCGGUAUAGUGUCUUUCUCUACUCCUUCAUGGCCGGCCUCAGCGGCAUGGGCUACCACCUCGUCGUGAUGCCACCAGAUAACAUUGUCCUCCUGCGUGGACUGCAGGCCGUCGUCGCAGUCGUGUUCAUUACGCUCGCGCUCUUCUUCGCCUCUGGGAUGUACGAUGAGAAGAUUCGAUACUCGCAUAGCUACAUCAACCACUCGAACCGCGCCCUCCGCCCGCUAAACAUGUACCUCAACGUGCGGCGCGCCCCGGCGUCGUUCCUCAACUUCCUCCCCCUGCCGGCAGCCUUCCGGCCCGCCCCGGGCCCGAUGAAGGCGCAGCCGGCGGCACGGCGGCCCUCGCAAGGCAACCUAGGCCUCGGGCCAAGUCCAGCCGGCUCGGCGCCCGUCGCGCGGCGCGUGUCGCACUCGUCCUCGCUGGUCAUGGCGCAGAUCCCGCCGAGCCAGAACCCGCGCGGCGAGCUCAUCUUCUCGUCCCGCGUAGACCACCACUUUGAGGAGGGAUACAAGCGCUACCGGGCCGCGUUUGAACGGCGCCGCGAGGAGCGCUCGCGCGAAGAAGCCCGCGCACAGGGCAAGUGGUGGCAUCCGAGCUACUGGCAGCGGCUGCCGCCGGUAGCCGGCUCCGUCGUCGGCGCCGUGCUCUUUGUCCUGCUUGCCGCUACGCUCGGCCUGUGUAUCGCUGCCAAGACGCGCGCGAGGGGGUACGGCGACGGCAGCGGCGCGUACGACGAGGACGCCGACGCCGACGCCGACGCCGACGCCAGCGAAGAGGUUCACGAGAAGGAGAGGGAGGGGAAGUAA